UUUUUUUUUUCUUUUUUUUUUACUGUUAUGGUAAUAUUCCUAUAGACAAACAAUCAUGAGACAGACAGGUACAGUUGUAAAAGAGAGCAAGUCUGUUUGUGUGAUUUACGUGUUUGUCAGGAGUCUAACUGUCACCGUCUCCACCCUCAAGGUAAAUAUCAUCUGACAGCCAGCUCCACCUGGGGCACAGGUGCAAGCUUCAUGUGUGUGUGUGUGUGUGUGUGUGUUUUGGCAUGAUGGGACCUCAGCAGUAUUGAGUAUCAAAGGUUAUCCUGUUCUAUUUUGGGAAUCUCUUCUGUAGGCAAAUUUUUACUGGCUGCAGGAUCCUGGUCCGUUGCGCGGGCACACACACACACACACACACACACACACACACACACACACACACACACACACACACACACACACAGGUUUUCCUUUUCUAUUUUGAGGAUCAUUUCAGUCGGCAAAUUUCCACUGGUUACAGGAUGUACACACAAACACACAACCCUAAACUCAGUAUGUUUACACCACAUGUUGUAGUUUUAUAGUUUGUGUUGGUGAUAUUCAAUAUGUUUCUUACUGUCAAUAAAUUCCAACAAUAAAUGCAUGCUAUUAACAAGAACAGCACUCAGUAAAGGACAUACCUCCGCCAAGGCCAAACAAUCCUACACGUCUCUUAUAACAGAAAAAUAAAAGAAAAAAGAAGUUAAAUUAUUUAUUUACCAUAAAAGAUAGUGAGUCAUAAGAUCCAGACAUUAAUUCCUGAGAAAUGGAUGAAAAUGUUGAUAAAUGGUGUACACACUCAGUUGGGCCAGCUGGUGAAAGGCGAGGAGAUUUUCACAGAAUUUGAUUUAAAAGAGAGAAGAAAAAAAAAAGGGAUUAGAAUCGCCUACUCCAUCUUUAAAAUAAUAACGCCUUACAAUAAAAUCCAUAGAAAUUCCAGAGAGCAUUAAACGUCUCUUAAUGCAUGUCGUAGGUCGGAUCACAGAGCUGCAGAGAUGUGUUUAUAAUCUGAACCAUGUCGUAAUGUAACAGACACGUGACGUUGCCGCGGCGAUCUGCUGGAUAAAACUGGCCCCGUGACCACGACCAUCCCACUCUUAUCACAAGACGUGGGUGGGGGGUGUGGGGGACUUUCCUCGGACAUGUAGGUCAGUUUGUUGAAACUUGGCGUUGUGAGUCAAAAAAAAAAAUUUGUAUCACUCUGUGUGUGUGUGUGUGUGUGUGUUUGCUUUAACUGCAGGAAAUGAAAUCACUCUGGAGGAUUUGUUUUAGUAAGAUCAGCUUGAGCAGGGUGUGUGUGUGUGUGUGUGUGUGUGUGUGUGUGUGUGUGUGUGUGUGUGUGUGUGUCUGAUACCUGGGGCUGGUUCCACAAAACCUGUUAGGAUUUUCCUUAAAGUACGAUUUUAUGUUUCCCUUAAAAUAUUAUUAAGAUAUAGACACUCAGAUAAUUAUCUCAAUAUUAAUUGAGACAUCAUUGGUAGUCAUCACCAUAGUAACCACUAGACAUGGGAGUGGGUCUUCCCAAAGGAUUGGUGGCUGGGGACGUGAGGAUAAACCUUGGAGGGAAGUGUGUGUGUGUGUGUGUGUGUGUGUGUGUGUGUGUGUGUGUGUGUGUGUGUGUGUGUGUGUGUGUGUGUCUGUCUGUGUCUGUCCUCUCUCACACAUCACUGUGAAGUCGGCCGACAAACAAACCAAUUUGUUUGUUUCGCUGAUGUCACAGGGCAGCGUGUUUGGGCAGGCAGGCUGGACCAUACAAACUGAGAGGAGACAGAGCGAGGGGGGGGCGGGUUGAGUAUUUGUUCACACACACUCCUUCCUAGACUAAAAAUGGAAAGUAAAUGUUGAAGUAAUUGCCAGCCAAUCCACUGCUGCAGUGUGUGUGUGUGUGUGUGUGUGUGUGUGUGUGUGUUAACAACAAAGGCAGCAUCAGUAGCUAAAUGUCAGUAGACACCUUCAGCCCCUUUGUCUGUGUAGAGGAGGUCGACCUGCUCCUAUUUGGAGCCAAUAAGCUGCUUGUCUCUGUGUGUGCGUUGUAAUUGCGAGCUUGUGUGUGUGUCUAAGUGUGUGUGUGCCGCCAGUGGGGAAUAAGCAACCAGUGUUUUCACACACUGAGCGGUGGGGAGGACCAGAGAGGAGGACGGAGGCUCGUCUGAGAGGAGCAUGAGGCUGAGUUUGACUGCUGUGUCACUUUCUUGUUCCUGCUGCCUGUUUGCGUUAUGCUCGGUGAUAUCACACAGAAGGGCUAUGAGAAGAAGCGAUCCAAGCUGAUUGGAGCCUAUUUCCCUCAAGCACCAGGAAUGGAUCCGUCCAUGGGCCAGGAGAGGAGAACACCCGUCACCCCGUCCUCGUCCUCCCGCUACCACCGCCGGCGGUCCUCUGGCUCCAGAGACGAACGCUACAGAUCAGAUGUGCACACAGAGGCCGUGCAGGCGGCCCUGGCCAAGCACAAAGAGAGGAAGAUGGCCGUGCCUAUGCCUUCGAAGCGGCGUUCGCUGGUGGUCCAGACCUCCAUGGAUGCCUACACACCACCAGACACCUCUUCCGGCUCGGAGGGUGAGGGUCAGGGCGACGCCGAUGAAGGAGGAGGAGGCGAUGGCGAAGAAGAAGACGGAGGAGGAGGCGGUGGAGGCACCUCGUCCAGCCGAGAGGGGAGCAUCAGCAUGGAGCACUGGAUCAGCCGCGCCAUCCACGGCACCUCCUCCACCACGACCACCACCUCCUCCACGGCCUCGUCCUCCUCUUCCUCCACGCGCAGCGGGGGCAGCGGGGCGGCCGGCGGCAGGCUGGCUGAUGUCCUGGCACAACAUGUCCACAUCUCCGCCCACCACCACCUCCGUCACCACCAUCACCACCACCACCACCAUCACAAGACAGAGAACCACUCUGCCCCUCCAGAUGUCACCGGUUACACCAACAACACCGCCAACACCACCGCCACCGAUGGGAUCCAGGUGGAGAGAGCCCCGGGCGCCGGCACCGCGGCCCAGAGACAGACGCCCAAGUACGGCAACGCCGAGCUGAUGGAGACCGGAGACGGUGUUCCCGUCAGCAGCAGAGUUUCAGCCAAAAUCCAGCAGCUGGUCAACACCCUGAAGAGACCCAAACGGCCGCCGCUAAGAGAGUUUUUUGUGGACGACUUUGAAGAGCUGCUGGAGGUCCAGCAGCCAGACCCCAACCAGCCCAAGGCCGAGGGGGCCCAGAUGGUGGUCAUGCGGGGCGAGCAGCUGGGUGUAGUAACCAACUGGCCCCCGUCUCUGGAGGCGGCCCUGCAGAGGUGGGGCACCAUCUCCCCGAAGGCCCCCUGUCUCACCACCAUGGACACCAACGGCAAGCCGCUCUACGUGCUGACUUACGGCAAACUGUGGUCCAGGAGUGUGAAGGUGGCCUACAACCUGCUGCACAAACUGGGAACCAAACAGGAACCACUUGUCAGGCCUGGUGACCGGGUGGCGCUGGUCUUCCCGAACAACGACCCCGCUGCCUUCAUGACGGCCUUCUACGGCUGCCUGCUGGCUGAGGUCGUCCCUGUGCCGAUAGAGGUCCCACUGACCAGGAAGGAUGCCGGCAGUCAGCAGAUUGGAUUCCUGCUGGGGAGCUGUGGAGUGACGGUGGCUCUGACCAGCGACGCCUGCCACAAAGGGUUACCCAAGAGUCCCACCGGAGAGAUCCCACAGUUCAAAGGCUGGCCCAAGGUGCUGUGGUUCGUCGCAGAGUCCAAACACCUCUCCAAACCGCCCCGGGACUGGUUCCCACAUAUCAAGGACGCCAACCAAGACACUGCCUACAUCGAGUAUAAAACCUGUAAGGACGGCAGCGUUCUCGGCGUGACGGUGAUGAGGAUAUCCAUGCUCACACACUGUCAGGCCCUCACACAGUCCUGCUCAUACACAGAAGCUGAGACCAUAGUGAAUGUAUUAGACUUCAAGAAGGAUGUCGGACUGUGGCACGCCGUCCUGACUAGUGUGAUGAAUAUGAUGCAUGUCAUCAGUAUUCCCUACGCCCUCAUGAAGGUCAACCCUCUGUCCUGGAUCCAGAAAGUCUGCCAGUACAAAGCCAAAGUGGCGUGUGUGAAAUCGCGGGACAUGCACUGGGCUCUGGUGGCCCAUCGGGACCAGCGAGACAUCAACCUGAGCUCCCUGCGCAUGCUGGUUGUGGCUGACGGUUCAAACCCCUGGUCGAUUUCGUCCUGUGACGCCUUCCUCAACGUCUUCCAGACUAAAGGUUUGAGGCCGGAGGUCAUCUGUCCCUGCGCCAGCUCCCCUGAGGCUCUCACUGUAGCUAUAAGGAGAGGAGCAGCUUCAAAAGUCACAGAACAGGACACACCCACUCACACACAACGGCCGGUGGAGGAGGGCAGCACCCCUCCUGGUCGCGGCGUGUUGUCCAUGCAGGGUCUGAGUCACGGUGUGAUCCGGGUGGACUCCGAGGAGAAGCUGUCGGUCCUCACGCUGCAGGAUGUCGGCUCUGUGAUGCCCGGAGCUGUGAUGUGCGUGGUGAAGCCAGAGGGCGUCCCUCUGCUCUGUAAAACCGAUGAGAUCGGAGAGUUGUGUGUUUGCUCUGUCGCCACGGGAACCUCCUAUUACGGCCUGGCUGGCAUGACCAAGAACACCUUUGAGGUCUUCCCCAUGUCCAACAGCGGGGCUCCCGUCAGCGAGUUCCCCUUCACCAGGACCGGCCUGCUGGGUUUCAUCGGACCUGCGGGUCUGAUCUUUGUGGCGGGGAAGAUGGACGGUCUGAUGGUGGUCGGGGGGCGUCGGCAUAACGCUGACGACAUCGUUGCCACGGCGCUUGCUGUGGAGCCCAUGAAGUUUGUCUACAGGGGCAGGAUAGCAGUGUUCUCCAUCACGGUGCUUCAUGAUGAGAGGAUCGUGGUGGUGGCCGAGCAGCGCCCGGACUCCACCGAGGAGGACAGCUUCCAGUGGAUGAGCCGAGUCCUGCAGGCGAUAGACGGUAUCCACCAGGUGGGGGUGUACUGCCUGGCUCUGGUGCCCUCCAACACUCUGCCCAAGACUCCCCUGGGUGGCAUCCACCUGUCCGAGACCAAGCAGCUCUUCCUGGAGGGGGCGCUGCACCCCUGCAACGUGCUCAUGUGUCCGCACACCUGCGUCACCAACCUGCCCAAGCCCCGGCAGAAACAGCCAGAGAUCGGUCCUGCGUCCGUCAUGGUGGGGAACCUGGUGUCGGGGAAGAGGAUCGCUCAGGCCAGCGGCAGGGAUCUGGGUCAAAUCGAAGACAAUGACCAGGCAAGGAAGUUCCUCUUCCUGUCUGAGGUGUUGCAGUGGAGAGCCCAGACCACCCCAGACCAUGUCCUGUACACACUGCUCAACUCCAGAGGUACGAUAGCCAGCUCUCUGACUUGUGUCCAGCUGCAUAAGAGAGCAGAGAAAAUCGCCGCCAUGCUGGCUGAACGGGGCCACCUGCAGGACGGAGACCACGUCGCACUGGUCUACCCCCCAGGUAUCGACCUCAUCGUGGCGUUUUACGGCUGCCUUUACGCUGGCUGCGUGCCGAUCACAGUGCGACCGCCUCACCUGCAGAACAUCGCCACCACGCUGCCCACUGUCAAGAUGAUCGUAGAGGUGAGCCGCUCAGUGUGUGUGAUGACCACGCAGCUCAUCUCUAAGCUGCUGAGGUCGAAGGAGGCGUCGGCCGCUGUGGACGUCCGGACCUGGCCCCCCGUCAUGGACACAGAUGAUUUGCCAAAGAAGAAACCUCCUCUGUUGUAUAAACCGUCCAACCCCGACACCCUGGCCUACCUGGACUUCAGUGUCUCCACCACCGGCAUGCUCGCUGGAGUCAAGAUGUCUCACACAGCCACCAGUGCCUUCUGCCGCUCCAUCAAGCUGCAGUGUGAGCUUUACCCGUCCAGAGAGGUCGCCAUCUGUCUGGACCCGUACUGUGGCCUGGGCUUCGUCCUCUGGUGCCUUUGCAGUGUGUACUCAGGUCACCAGUCCAUCCUGAUCCCUCCGUCCGAGCUGGAGGUGAACCCGGCUCUGUGGCUGUCCGCUGUCAGUCAGUACAAAGUCCGCGACACUUUCUGCUCCUACAGCGUCAUGGAGCUCUGCACCAAAGGCCUGGGCCUGCAGACCGACUCACUCAAGGCUCGAGGCUUGGACUUGUCUCGGGUGAGGACCUGUGUGGUUGUAGCAGAGGAGCGUCCCAGGAUAGCCCUGACGCAGUCCUUCUCCAAACUCUUCAAGGACCUGGGGCUCCACCCUCGAGCUGUCAGCACUUCCUUCGGCUGCAGGGUCAACCUGGCGAUCUGCCUGCAGCCUCACAGGCUGGGAAAGCUUGCCGACCAGGGAACCUCAGGACCCGACCCCACGACCGUGUACGUUGAUAUGAGAGCGCUGCGGCACGACAGGGUCCGACUAGUAGAGAGGGGGUCACCACACAGCCUUCCACUGAUGGAGUCUGGGAAGAUUUUACCCGGGGUCCGAAUCAUCAUCGCCAACCCAGAGACCAAGGGACCAAUGGGAGAGUCACAUCUGGGAGAGAUCUGGGUGCACAGCGGCCACAACGCCAGCGGCUACUUCACCGUCUACGGAGACGAGGCGUUGCAGUCGGACCACUUCAACUCCAGACUCAGCUUCGGGGACACACAGACCAUCUGGGCUCGGACCGGAUACCUGGGCUUCCUUCGCAGGACCGAACUCACAGACGCCAGCGGAGAGCGUCAUGACGCCCUGUACGUGGUCGGUGCUCUGGAAGAGGCCAUGGAGCUGAGAGGGAUGCGUUACCACCCCAUUGACAUCGAGACGUCCGUCAUCAGGACGCACAAGAGCAUCACAGAGUGCGCCGUGUUCACGUGGACCAACCUGCUGGUGGUGGUGGUGGAGCUGGACGGCUCGGAGCAGGAGGCCCUGGACCUGGUCCCCCUGGUCACCAACGUGGUGCUGGAGGAGCACUACCUGAUCGUGGGCGUAGUGGUGGUGGUCGACAUCGGCGUCAUCCCCAUCAACUCCCGCGGCGAGAAGCAGCGCAUGCACCUGCGUGACGGCUUCCUGGCCGACCAGCUGGACCCCAUCUAUGUGGCUUACAACAUGUAGCCAGCCCCCCUCCCCCCGGUGGAUGAAGGAUUAUUGAGGCUGUCUGCUCCUGAGGCCUGAAAAAGAACACCCGGAGUCUGAGGCGGAGUUCCUGGCAUAGCGGGAGGAAUUCAUGACUUUUUUGCCCUGAAAUUUGUCUCUCAGGCAAAACUCAAGUGGUUAUAUUUAGGUUAACAUUAGCAUUCAGGCCGUGGUUUCAGUUUGUACUCAGCCUGAGAGGAAGUGCGGCCACCUCCUUCCAGGGCAAGAAAGUAGUCCCCCCCAUCUGUGCCGACUGUUUACUGACAAGAGGCAAUCGUGAGGCAGAAAAGGACAAUCGUUACCGUAGCAAAGAUUCUGGCUUUUAAAACUACAUUUGGCUCAUUCUAUAUUUUCCCAUUAAGUUUUUUUUGUUUGUUUGUUUUUAACAUGUCCUCUGAAAAGUUUAGGCUAUUUUUUUGAAAAGGAUAUUUACACAUAAACAAAACAAACUAUGGCAAAAAUGAUAUUUUAUGUUUUUACGAUAUCAACCAUUACAAAGUGUGAGAUAUGUUUUGAUACGAGGGCGGGGUCUGAGGGGGGCGGAUCGCAGCUGCCCUUAGAUUUUACGAUGAGGUACUAACCAUUUGUUUCAUGUCAGCUUGUUUAUUGUUUUUUCUUUUGUUUUGUAAGCGUAAGUGUUUUUUUUUUUAAUUCAACAUUAUUUCCUGAAGUGUCCGUCCCAUUUCAGCGGGAAAGCAGUGUGCUAACUUUCACAAACUAACAGCUGCAGCCUUUAACUCCGUUUAUUUUUCCGUACAAACGCUUCGACAGAAGCGGAACAAUACAUAAAUUCAUAUCAUGUAAGUAUGUACAAAAAGAAACUGAUUUAAUUUAUUUUGUUUCUCUUUUAGAAGUAUAUGACGAGACGUUCAAGAAUGUUUUGCUCUUGAAUAUUUGCUAAUAUAAAAAAAACAAAAACGCAUUGUAUUAUCAUGAGUGAAACAGAGUCACAACAAGCAUAUUAAGGAAAAUAGAAAUAUAUGAUUAAAAAUUAUAUGAAAAGAUGAGUUAAAGGAUUCAUCCCGGACAGAAGCAGUUUCACACGUGAUGCUUUUUAUCUGCGUGUCGGUCUGAGACGUUGACGUCAGUCAAAAAGAAAUUUGUUAGAUGAACUGAAGAGUUUCAUUCCUACUGAAACAUGAAGAGUUCUGAACCAAAACAUCAACUUUUAUCAGAUUAAAUCUGUAAAAGUUUUGAAGCUCAUCCUCCAUAAACAUUAGCAAAGACGUUUUGAUAAAUCAUCCCUAAAAAAAAUGUCAUUUGUGCCUUUAAUUUAUAAAUUAUUCCCUCAAUAUUUUUAUUCAAUUCCCUCAGUUGAUUUUUAUUUACAUAUUAAUAAACAUAAAAUUACAUUAUUUGCUCCCUCUGCUCUUUAUUGUGGUAAGACUUUGUCUCACCCAGCUAGAAAUUAAUUAUUUUUUUUAAAUUAUAGAUUUUUGAUGAUUUGAGUUUUAUAAAAGUGACAACAUCCGUAAUAUCAGAGCUUUUGUUUAUAAAGAACCUGCUUUUACGGAGCAAUGUUUUUGAGUGGGUCCACAUUUUGCGCAGAGACCCACAGUGAAGACGACUGCUAGUUGGUAAAUGCACGAUUUAAAAUACUUUGCAAAUGUUUUAUGAGGAAGGAUACACACAAUGGGCACCUUAUAAGUUUAAGGGUUGUACAGGACGUUAGCGAGAAUAUUAAUGUUUGAAAUAUCUGUUUUCAUCAGCCGUUAUUAUAUUUCUGUUAAUUAAAGCACCAACUUUUCCACCUCAGCCUUAACUCUGCGCUGCAGUAUAACUAAGUAAUUAUAAUUAUAACACAGGCUCAGAUGAGACAUGAUUUGCAGAUUCAAGUCACAAAUUCCAGGUUUAAACAUUUUAAACUCUUAUUUCAAAUUCAAUGACACCAUGUUGUUUAACAGCCACAAUCUAUAUAUAUAUAUAUAGAUAUAUAUAUAUAU